UUAAAAAUGCUUUUUUCAGACAUUUACACAAGAGCACUGUUAUGAGCAUCAAAUGGAAUCAAAAUGGCAACUGGUUGCUCACAGCAUCACGUGAUCAUCUUCUUAAGUUAUUUGACAUUAGGAUGAUGAAAGAGUUGCAGAGUUUCAGAGGACAUAAACGAGAAGCCACUGCGAUAGCAUGGCAUCCCAUCCAUGAGUCUUUGUUUGCAAGUGGUGGGUCAGAUGGAGCAAUCAUGUUUUGGAAUGCYGGAGUUGAAAAGGAUGUUGGCAACAUGGAAUCAGCCCAUGAUGGAAUGGUAUGGAGCCUAGCAUGGCAUCCAUUGGGCCAUAUCCUAUGCUCAGGAUCCAAUGACCACUCAAGCAAAUUUUGGACCAGAAAUAAACUGGGAGACAGAAUGAGAGACAAAUAUAAUUUGAACAUGCAAGAUACUGAAGAUGAUUUGG